AUUCGACUCGGUAGAACUUUCCUUUUUUUGUUUCUUCAUCUUAUUAGUCCCUAAUUCCGACUGUCUUGCUGACGCCGAAAAUUUGUAUAAAAGGCCCAUCGUUGUUAGUGUGUACCUGACACAUAACACCCUCCUACGCGGACUCGAAUUUUUAAACGUGAUCAUCGUGCUUUUUGAAACAUUAUGUUGCCCUCAACUCCUGGCGCUGACCUUACCCCGUCUGAAGACAAUGGUGUUGGGCUCUCCGACUCCACUUUGUCACAGCACCGUCGAAAGAUGCUUGACCUCAUCAACCGUCUCCACACCACAGGUGUGCAGACGGACAUGGACCUGCCCAUGAUCGCAGUCAUUGGCUCACAGAGUGCGGGGAAAUCCUCUCUUAUUGAAUCCAUUUCUGGGAUCACUCUCCCUCGCUCAGCUGGAACGUGUACAAGGUGCCCAACUGAAUGUAAACUUUCACGCUCCGAAGACUCCUGGAAAUGUCUCGUCAAACUUCACAUUACUACCGGCCCGUCGGGCCAACCCUGUGAUGUGCUCACCAUUCCUUUUGGAUCACCCAUCACCGAUAAGGCCGAUGUAGAAGAUCGAAUCAGGCGUGCUCGAAGGGCAAUUCUAAACCCAAGCACUGAGCCACAGAAGUUUCUUUAUGAGCUAGAAGAUCAAACCGCUGAGCAAGCUGAGUUAUCUUUCUCCAAAAAUUGCGUUUCUCUCGAGAUAAGUGGGAAGGAUGUGGCGGAUCUCUCAUUCGUGGACCUUCCUGGACUCAUCGCGAGCGUCGGGAGUGCAGGAAAGACCGGGGAUAUUGAUCUCGUCAAGGGUUUGGUGACGUCUUACAUUGAGAAGCCUAGUUGUGUCAUCCUUCUGACGGUUACUUGUGAAACAAAAAAUUGGGUGUGCGGCGGCCUAGAUAGGUCUCAUUUGGAAUAAAAGAGCGUCAAUCAAAUCGUUGGACUGAUGAGAAGAGAGUCAUGGGAUGCCCGGACGGCCAUUGUGUUUUGUUAGGACAAUUCCAGCAACAUUCCAGUGGUAGUUCUUGCUGUCGUUUUGCGCGUCCGAAUCUGCAACGCUCAAUAAUAUGGACCCUUACACGCCAC